AUGGGCAUUGUUGACUAUUUCAGUCGACCGCGUGGCCUUCAUGCACAUGCUGGUGAUGAAACACCUACCAUGGAAGCCCCAAAAGUAAUCGAGCCUACUAUCAUCUCUAGUCCCAAGUCUUCGGGCGCUGUUACACCUGCGCACAUGCUCCCUUCCCCAGCUGGCAGCGAGGAUACCCUUUUCUUCGAGAAUAUCCCGCAUCAGUUUGGUCGCCUGGGUUCCUGGAAAGGAUCGUUGAUUUUGCUUGUCACCUCUGGCUCUCAGUUUCUCGACAAUGUUUUCAUGACGAGCGCCAACAUCGCCCUGUUGUCAAUUCAACAGGAUUUCGACGUGUCUAGUACCGAUUUGCAAUGGAUGAUUUCUGCAUACACUUUGUCAUUUAGUGGCUUCCUUUUGUUAGCCGGUGCUUUAUCUGAUCGCUAUGGACGAAAGAACAUUCUCUGUCUGGGUCUUGCCUGGCUUUCUGUGUGGACAUUAGCCAUUGGGUUUGGGCAGUCGUUUAUUCGACUUACUGUAUUCCGUGGUAUUCAAGGAAUUGGAGCUGCGUUGACUGUGCCAUCUGCUAUUAGAAUCAUCAGCUCCUAUUUCAGUGGCGUUGAUCGCACCCGUGCCUUGUCAAUUUAUGGAGCCUCUGGAACUCUGGGGUUCUGUACCGGUCUCAUAUUUGGCGGUUUCCUGACCUCUUCGUUGAGCUGGAGAUAUAUAUUUUAUCUGAUUGUCAUCAUUACCGGGUUAUUGGGAAUUCUGGGCUUUAUCGUCCUCCCAAGCGAUGUCCCUUCCGAAAAGAAACACGAAAGAAUGGAUUACAUUGGCGCAGUGAUGUCUACAGCUGGCCUGAUCCUACUCCAAUUCGUCCUAUCCAGUGGUGGAACCUAUGGCUGGAACCAUCCGUUCAUUAUUGUGCUACUUAUCUUGGCGGUUGGUCUUCUCGUUGGAUUCGCAAUCUUUGAGAAAUAUGUCAGCAACCCUAUCAUGCCACUUUCUUCGUGGAAGAUUCGCAAUUUCGCCGGUCUCUGGGUUAUUGGUUUCACUGGCUAUGGCGCCUACCAAAACGUUAUUUAUUAUAUCGUCCUUAUGGCACAGGAGGUGGACAAGCUUUCUGCUGGAGAUACCGCCCUUCGCUUCUUGCCUAUGGGAGCAGUUGGUUUCAUAGUUUCUCUUGGAACGGGAAAACUUCUCGAAUUUAUGAAUGGAAAGCACCUCCUCAUUGCCGGACUAGUUCUAGCUGUGAUUGCUCCUAUCUCGAGUGCUUUGACUUCCAACCCUGAAGCAGGAUUUUGGCUCAAUGUUCUCCCCACGUCGCUUAUCAGUAUCUCAUCCGUUUCUUUUAUCUUCGUUACGACAAGCACUGUGGUACUCACAAGUGUACCGGUCGAAGUCAAGAGACUUGCUGGCGGAAUGCUCAACACUGCAUUCCAAAUUGGCUCUGGUGUUGCAUUGGCUAUCUCGGCGGCCGUUACUGACGCUGUCGAUAUCCAGCAGGGACACAGCCUCGCACAACAAUAUGCUACCGGUCUCUGGUGCUCUGUCGGUUUAGCUGGUCUUGGGCUGAUCAUUGGAAUUAUUUCUGUUCGACACAAAGGCAUCGGACCUAAUGAUAGACUGGGUGCUGGCCCAGUUGCUAUCUAA